AUGGAAUCUACACUGGAUACGAUUCCAUCAAUGGAAUCAACCUUGGAUGAGAUAAUGAUUGCGCCAAAGAAUCUAAUAACUAGUGACAAGAGGAAAAAUCUUGCUGAAACUGCACCUAGUCAAGCUGUUGACCAUCUGAAUUUGUCCUCUAUUUCAGCUGCCAUGCAGCCACGUGUUGCAUCUACAAGAAGUUUAAGCGUCAAUGAGUACACUAACAAAUUUUUCAGCUUAGCAACAAGGUCAGAAUUUCCAUGGAAUGAAGAUGUCAUGAUAUCUAUGCAUCUGCAAGGGCUGAAUUUACAAAUUUCUUCUGGUUUAGCUACUUGUGGGCUUUAUACAAUGGCUGAUGCAGUUCAAGUUGCUGCUCAGAUCGAGGAAGAACCUAAAAAGAACACUUCUAUGAGAUUAUGGACAAGCCUUAGAAGCUGUAAACGAGGAAACAAGGAAGAAGUUGAAGAAGUUGUUUGUGAAGCUGAGAUGGAUAUGGAUGAGCAUCAACUGUUGGAAACUGGAUCCCAUUGUUUAGUUCUUCAACCUAUGCUUUUGGCUCACGAGGUUGUUGAAGAAGUUGAUGAUUGGAGACAUACUUCUAUAUUCAACACUUGA